AUGCCUCGACAUUGCGACGAAGAUUCUGGACGUAGUUCGUGCUCUGCAACAUCUGUAACUUUCAGUCCUGUUAUAGACUAUCAUAAGUUUGAUACUAUGAAGACUGGAAAAGCACAAGAUUCUUCAGAGCUCAAAGUCAGUACACAUCCGAGGAAUUUCAUUAACACCUUUAAAUCACCCAAUGAAAAGGAACCUUUUCCCAAGCUGCAGACUACCAAGGAAUCAAAGGAAAGCAGUUUUUAG